AUGAGUGAAUUGAAACCUUUGGAACUUGAGUAUUUGGAUAAGAAUGUAAAAAAAAAGAAAAGCGAAAAAGUUGACAAAAAAAAUAAUUUGAAUAAACUUUUUAUUAGUAAAAAGCACAGUUUAAAAAAAGAAGGUUCUGAUAAUACAGAUGUAAAUGAACAUUCUAUAUUAGAAAAUGAUAAAAAUAAAAAUGUUAUAAUGAAUAGUAAUAAAGAGAAUGAUAAUAAAGAUGCGAAAAGCAUUUUUCAUUCAUUUAGUAUAAAUAAAAUUUUUGGAGAGAAAAAAAAGGACGACGCUGAUAAUACAAAAAAUUUAAAGAAAGGUAAAAAGAUUAAGACUAAAAAUGAUAUAAGUAGUGCUAAUCGUAACACAUCCGAUAAGAAGGAUAAGGAUGAUAUGAUAAUAGAUAGCGAUAGAAAUGUGAACAACAACAUGAAUAUAAAUAAUGAUAACAAUAAUAAUAAUGAUGAUAAUAAUAAAAAUGAUGACAAUAAUAAAAAUGGUGACAAUAAUAAUAAAAAUGGUGACAAUAAUAAAAAUGGUGACAAUAAUAAUAAUAAUAAUGAUGACAAUAAUAAUAAUGAUAACAAUAAUAAUAAUAAUAAUAACAAUCAUAAUAAUGAUGACAAUUGUUAUAAUCUUCAUAGUGGUAACCAUUUUGAUAAUAACAAUUUUAAUGAUGAUAAUAAUUUGAUAUCUCUCGAUAUAGAGAAUGAAACAAAAUUUUUAGAAGACUGGGAGGUUACACAGAAGAAGAUAUACGAUCCAACUAUAGGAUUAAGAAAGCAUUAUACUAAUGAGCUUUUAUCAUGCGGAGAAAAGAAUAAUAUAAGAAUACUAGAAAAAUGGUCUUCUAUGGUUAAUAGAGAUAUUGUAUGGUUUCAUAAAGCACAUAGAACAACUUAUUUAAGAAGAGUAAAAAGAGGAAUACCACAAAAAUAUAGAUGGAAAAUAUGGUUCCAUAUAACAAAUGCAAAGAAUUUAUAUAAUAAAUUUCAAAAGAAAUAUUAUUAUUUAUCUAAAAAGAAAUCACAUUAUACCAAUUUAAUAUUAAUAGAUAUAUCAAGAACAUUUCCAGAAUUAUUAAUAUUUGACAAAUAUGCACAACAACAAUUAUAUAGAAUUUUAAAUGCAUAUUCAAAUUAUGAACCUUCUGUAGGUUAUUGUCAAGGUAUGAACUUUUUAGUUGGAUUAUUAUUAAUUAUAAGUAAUUUUAAUGAAUUAGAAACAUUUUGUGUAUUAGUUAGUUUAAUGAAUAAUUAUUAUUUGAAAGAUUUUUAUAAAGAAAAGUUUCCUCUAUUAAAUCGUUUUAUAUAUUUAUUUGAAAGAAUAAUGCAAAAUGAAAUACCAGAUUUAGUAGAUCAUUUUAAUAAUGAAGAAGUAUAUCCACCUGUCUAUUUACAUCAAUGGCUUCUCACAUUAUUUAUAGCUAGCUUACCCAUAAAAAGUGUUAUAGUAAUAUGGGAUUAUUUAUUCAGCACAAGUAUCAAAAAAAUUAUUAUUAUAUCAGUAGCACUCUUGAAAAUAUUAAAAAGUUAUUUAAUGAAACAUAAAUUUGAAAAAAUUCUUAAAUUAUUAAAAUCAUUAAAAUAUAAUGAAAGUAAUGAUGAUAUAUUAAUAGCUAAGUUACUUAUUAAAAAAUCCGAGUCAAUUAUAUUAAGUAAUGAGUUAUUAUAUUUAUUUGAAAAUAUUGAAAAUCAGGAUGUCCCAUUCCAUAGUCACUACAAAUUUGUAAUAGAUAAUAUAACAACAUGUCAUUUUAAUCAUAUACAAGAAAAUAUAAAUCAAUUAAACAAUACAAAUAAUAUUAAUAGUUAUGACCCUACAAGUGGUACUAUAAACAAUAAUGAUAAUAGUAAUAAUAAUAAUAAUAAUAAUGAUAGUAAUAAUAAUGAUAGUAAUAAUAGUAGCAACAAUAAUAAUAAUAAUAAUAUGUAUAAACGCUAUAGUCAUUUGAUACAUGAUGAUAACAAUUUUGUUAUACUCGAUGGAGUUCCUUUGCUCAAUUUUUUUUCUAAUAAUAUUUUAAAAAAAAAAAAUGAAGAAGAAUUAAAACCUACCUCCAACCUUAAAUUCAGAGAUAAAAAAAAAUCCCUGUCCUUAAAAGAAAGAGAAAAUAUGAAUACAUUCUAUUAUAAAAUUUUAAGUAGUAAUGAAAAAAACGAAAAAAAUCAAAAUAUCGACAAUGAUACAAUUAAUAAUAGUAGUAAUGAGGUAGCAUUUCAUGAUGUAGCUAGCUCAUUAAAAGAAAGUAAUUCUGUUCAUAAUAUAUCUGAUGAGGAAAAGAGAAAUCAUAAAAAUUUUAAAGGAGAUAUUAAUAAAUACUAUAAAAAUUAUGUACCAUCGGAUAACUGUAAUGAUAAUAUUAAUAUGUCUGUUAUGGAACAAGAAAAUGAAAAGGAAGAUAUAAAUAAAAUAAGUCAUAUAAAUAAAAUAAGUCAUAUAAAUCAAACAAAUCAAAUAAAUCAAACAAAUCAAAUAAAUCAUAUUUAUAAUAUCAACAAUUCUCACAAUUCUGUAUCCAAAUGUUUAAAUGAAAAAAUAAAAAAUGAUCACAUGCAUGAAAUUAAUAUGUUUCAUAAUAAUGAUAAAGAGGAACGUCCCUCCUUAUAUCAUAAAAACGAUACACAUAUUCAACAUUCUAAAUCAAAUGAAAACAAAAAUGAUAGGAAUAGUAUGAGCAACUUAAAAAGACAUGCAUAUUAUUUUAAUAAAGAAGAGGGAGAAGACGAAAUGGUAUUCGAUAACGAAAUGAAUGAGUCCAAAAUUUAUGAUGAGAAUCAAAUGAAUUGUCAUAAAAAGGAAAAUAUUAUUGUAAAUAUGAAUAAUAAAGAAUGUGAUAUAUAUGAAAAAAAAGAGAAAAUAAAACAUAUACAUCAUGAAGAUGAAGAUAAUUUAGAAAAUGAAAGAGAAGAAGAAAGUAUUUUAAAUAUAUCGCAAUAUAUUAGUUAUAAUGAAAAAGAAACAUCAUCAAAAAAUAAUAACAAUGAUAAUGAAAAAAAUAAUGAUAAUAAUUUUGGUUUCUUUAGUUUAAUUAAUUCAUAUGCUAAAGAUAAUAGUUGGUUUGAUGUCUCCACAAUAAAUAAAUAUUAUCAAUUUAAUAAAAAGGAUGUUGAUCGAGAACUUGACAAUAUAAAUACUAGUGAAAAAAAGGAAGAUAAUGACACAGAUCAGGUAGAAGAUGCUAACACAUUUUAA